AACCCAAAUUUCAGUAUAUUUGUAAAUUGCCCUUCUCACUCGCUCAUUUCCAGACUCACACCCACAACCGAAACCAGCCCGCCACGGCCACCUUACAUUUCUCGGACAACCAAAACGGCAGCCAUCCUUCCCUUCUCGGCCUUCGCCACCCUUUCGGAUUUCAGCAGAGAAAUUAAGAGGUGAUGUAGGUAUGGAUGUAGGAAACAUUGCCUGACCUGCAACACAAAUGUGCAAAGCCAAUCUAAUGAAAAGUAAAGACUCAUAACUCAUAAGUCUAUAGCCUAUUCCAUUACUUGCAGAAUUUCAAUACCAAGAAGCCAUAAUAAGUGCAAAGCUUUUUUUCUUUUUUUCUUUUGUUCCUUUUCAAAUGGCUGCCCAACAGCUACUUCAAGAACCCAUCCUUAGAUCAUUCUCAACCUUGGUGAAACCUUUACGAAUACCAUAUUUAAAAAAUUUAUGGAUACCCUUUUGCUUUCCAAAAUCGUUCUCUAACGUUGGUGUUAUACCUUUCGAAAUUCAAGAAGAAGCCUCUGGAACUCCAAAUCGGGAAUCAGUUUCAUCAGAUUCUUUCUAUGUGGAGAAAAUUGUACUGGCUUUGAAGCAAGGUAAUCAUAAUUCACUGCGCAGUUAUCUAUUUCAGUUGAACCCAUUAGUUGUAGUUGAAGUCCUUAGUAGGUGUCGUGAAAAUUUUCAACUGGGUAUAAAGUUUGUUGAUUUGAUUUUGUUGGAUAGUCCCAAUAUGAAGUUUUCUUCAGAGUCCUUGAGUAUAAUGAUUCAUAUUCUGGUGCGUGGUCGGAGGUUGUCCGAUGCACAAGCGCUGGUGCUUAGAAUGGUGAGGAGGAGUGGCGUUUCGCGGAUUGAAGUUGUUGAGUCCUUUGUUUCAGCGUCAGAAAGUUUUGGCUCAAAUCCUUUGGUGUUUGAUUUAUUGGUUAGGACUUAUGUGCAAGCUAAGAAGCUGAGAGAAGGGUGGGAAGUGUUUCAAAUAUUGAGAAGCAAAGGUUUUCAUGUCUCUAUAAAUGCUUGUAAUAGUCUUCUAGGAGGGCUUGUGAAAGUUGGGUGGGUUGACUUAGCAUGGAAAGUAUAUGAAGAAGUACUUAGGAGUGGAAUUAAUUUGAAUGUUUUUACACUUAAUAUCAUGGUCAAUGCUUUGUGUAAAGAUGGAAAAAUUGAUGAUACCAAGUCGUUAUUGUCGAACAUGGAAGAGAAGGGGAUUCUUCCGGAUAUAGUGACAUACAAUACUUUGGUCAAUGCCUAUUGUCGCCAAGGGCUUUUAGAAGAGGCUUUUUAUUUAUUUAACUCUAUGUUGGGUAAGGGGUUGAGACCUGGACUUUUCACAUACAACACUAUGAUAAAUGGCUUGUGUAAAUUGGGAAAUUAUGCAAGAGCAAGGGAAGUUUUGGAUGAGAUGGUGCGAGUUGGAUUGAAUCCUGACACAUCUACAUACAAUGCAUUGCUUGUUGAGAGAUGUAGAAAAAAUAUUGUAAUGGAGGCUGAGGGGAUUUUUCGUGAAAUGUCAUGUCGAGGUGUUUCACCUGAUUUAAUUAGUUUUAGUGCUCUUAUUGGAAUGUUCACUAGAAAUGGAAAUCUUGAUCAGGCACUAGGAUAUUUUAGGAAUUUGAAAAAUGUAGGGUUGGUUCCAGAUAGUGUGAUAUAUACUAUCCUAAUAGAUGGAUAUUGUAAAAAUGGUCAAAUGUCAGAGGCAUUGAAAAUGAGAGAUAGAAUGAUUGAGCAAGGCUGUGUUAUGGAUGUGGUCACAUAUAAUACUAUUAUGAAUGGAUUGUGUAAGGAGAUGAUGCUUGCUGAUGCAGAACUUUUGUUUGGUGAGAUGAUGGAAAGGGGUGUCAUUCCUGAUUUUUAUACUUAUACCACACUGAUUCAUGGGUAUUGCAAGAGUGGGAAUAUGAGGAAAGCGCUAAAUUUGUUCCAUACAAUAACUGAAAGAAAUUUGAAGCCUGACAUUGUCACAUACAACAUAUUGAUUGAUGGUUUUUUCAAAGGUGGCGAAAUAGAGAAAGCAGAGGAAUUAUGGGAUGAUAUGAUUUCUAGAAGUAUAUUUCCUAAUCACAUUUCAUACGGCAUUCUUAUAAAUGGAUUCUGCAGCGUGGGUAAUGUACCUAAGGCGUUGAUGUUGUGGGACCAAAUGGUGAAAGAAGGUAUAAAACCUACUCUUGUGACUUGUAAUACUGUCUUAAAGGGGCACUGCAGGACAGGUGAUGUUGCAAAAGCAGAUGAGUUUUUGACGAAAAUGAUUUCUCGGGGAAUUAUUCCAGACAGCAUUACAUACAACACUUUGAUUAAUGGAUACAUAAACGAAGAGAAUCUGCACAAAGCUUUUGUUUUGACUAGCAAGAUGGAAGAUCAAGGGUUGUUGCCAGAUGUUAUUACAUACAAUGUUAUUUUAAAUGGAUUCUGUCGGCAGGGUAGAAUGCAAGAAGCUGAGCUAGUACUACAGAGGAUGAUUGAAAAAGGUGUGAAGCCUGAUAAAUCAACAUAUACAUUUUUGAUUAAUGGACAUGUGUCACAGGACAACUUGAAAGCAGCAUUCCGCUACCAUGACGAUAUGCUACAGAAAGGUUUUGUACCAGAUGAUAAGUUUUAAUGAUCAAUUCCUUGGAGCUGAAGGUUUUGUUCCAUCUAUACUAAUUAUCUUGGUUCAGAGGUGGCAUCAUAUUCAAGUCCAUCCUUGUUUUUAGAUGUUGCCAAGUUACAAAGGAUCAUCAGAAAUAAGAGAUGGUCUUGCAUAGUAUGAAGUCAGUAAAAUGUUACUUCAUCUGUAGACGAAAAAAAGCUUCUCAAUCAAGCUAUUCUCAAUGGACAUUGUUGUUAGGGAUUCUGGAUGUGCUCCUGUGAGAUAAAUGGAAAAAAGAUAUGGAUUUUUGGAGCUUUCAACAUUGAGCGAAACCUGUCAAUCAAUGAUUUGAAGACAAGCUCCGGUAUAUCAUUUCAGGGGUUUAGAGAAUCUGCAAGAGUAUGUUUAAAAAGCAUUUGAAAAGUCGUAUGGAUAUCUUAAUAAGACUGAAUGAACCUUUUGACAAGUCAAACAACUUCACCUCCAAUGUUUUCUACUUUAGCUCUGGUAUAGGUUCAAGACUACUCAGGUAUGCUUAUCAUUGCUAUUAGUAUGGCAUUAAUCGUCUUUGUUUAUAUCUUAGGAAUAAAUUACUAUAAUUCGUCCUCGCUUACAAAUCAGUCGACAUUUUUCAUAAAUUUGACUAGCGAAGGCUCUGAUUUUCAUUAUUUAAUUGAACUUAAAGUAUACCAUGGGUCUCUGCUUAUUGUCUCAUGCUAUUAUCUCGUGAAGUAACUUUGUGUUAGUUUUGAGCUUUUACAGCCGGCAUGUCCUGUUAUAACUUGAGAAGAAUUUAGAAAUAUCCCUUGAGCCAACAGUGAUGAGAAUAAUAUAGGAUAAUGGACACUAACCAGAAACGGAAACUCUUGUUGUUUAUUUGGCUUGCAGAAUAUUGUCUAGGACACCAAGGAAUUCAAUUUUCUGGUUUUGGUUGCUGAAUAUGCUUUUGGACACAACCCAGAAACUCAUGUUGCUAGUUUGGUUGUUGAAAAUCUUCUAGGACACAUUCUUAUAAACUUACAAUAAAAAUUUAGUUGUUGAAAAUGGUCUAAGACACUAACAUGUAACCCAUAUUUCAGGUUUGGCUGCUGAAAAUAGUCUGGACACCUGCCAGGAAUCUGUGUUGCCAGUUUGUUUGUUAAAUACAGUCUAGGACACUAAGCAGAACUUGUAUUGUUGAUUUGAUUGUUGAAAGUGAUAUUGGACAAUAUCCAAAAAUUAAUGUUGCUGGUUUGGUUGCUAAACAACCAUGUACAAAAUUAAUGUGGGUGAUUGGCAUUGUAUUCUUACCGAGAUUAUUGAGUUUUGUAAUUCGUUCGA